AGACUGCCAUCGUGGAAUCUCCCGUAUGCCGCCUUCAUUUCGUCCCUCCCCAAGAAUUCAGACCAACCUUCCCCCUUUGGACCUCUUAACACAACUCCGGAAUAUUUGAACAUCCACAGUCCCGAUGUCCUGACCCCAGGUCGAGAGGCAGCCGGUCCUUCUCCGAACAUGCAACUUGUUUAUCAGAAAGUCAAGGAAGAUCGUGCGAGUCUCUUCCUUCAAGGGCGACUGAAGGAGCUUGUUGUCAGCAUGUGUAGGGAGGAUCGCAGCACUGUGGUCGACUACUUUCACGAUUUCUACAUGCAUGGCUUUAAAAUGGCAAAGAAUUGGGGGCUCGAGCCGUGGGGUGUGAGUACAGAUCCAAUUCUCACCUGCACACCCCCGGGAUGCAACGCAACAAGUCCUUGGACGCCGUCGGCUUUUCUAGACUUUCCUUCAAGCCCCUCACCAAGUCCAUCCUCAUUUGAACCUUCACAGCUUUGCAGAUGGAGCAUCCAUGUAGCGGACUCGGUCAAUUCAGAGCCGCUCAAUUCAGAGCCGCCAUCAGUUGCCUCAUCUAGCGUCUGGACACCCUCGUUUGUUGAAUCCCUACACCAAUCCAUGACCGCCAAUACCUUCACCAAGACACCAGCAUGCGACCUUCCGCUCGCCCAGGAUAUUAUUGCGCAAUCAUUGGAAGGGAAUCCGACGGCUCUACAGUUGGAUUCUUGGAGGUUGGCGAUAAUGGCGGGAAACAAUGAUCUUCUAAAUCAUUUAUAUGACGAAAACGGCGAAGCACCGGAUAGAAUCGAGGAUAUUUAUCCUUUCCAUCUUGCAGCAUCGUUUCUGGACGGUGGUCACACUUGCUGCAUGACUUUUGUGACACUGUCCGAAAUUCUCGGUUCAGUUUACGCCUUUUAUGACAAUAUCGACAAUCUUGGACACACGAUACUAGAUACCCUCAUAGUAUCCAUUCUUCGCUCCCACACGAGUCUCGCCCCUGAGGCUGUGAGCUACGGUUUUCAUUCUCCUAGCCGAUUUCCCGGCGAGGAGAGAGACAUUUGUGGUAGAUGGGACGCAGAUCACCAGACAGUCCGCGAGCUAUUCAAGCAGGGAUAUAAUAGAAUCCCCACCAAAUGGAAACAUCCAUUUUGCCACACAACUGUGCAAGCGGCUUGCCAUAGCAUCAUUACUAUCUUUGCGUCUCCAUCUUCGCUGAAUAUAGACGCUCUGAGCGGACUCUUCUUGCGUCGUUGCACGGAAUGUGGUCUGGAGCUCAAACUCGGAGCGCUUCAUACGCUCGUCGUCACGGCGUUCUACCUGGGGCAAUUGGGAAUGCCCGGGGAGACAUUAUUUGGAGCCUUGGCUGUAUUGGUCUGUCUCUUGAGUAUCGGAGCUGACGCUUGUCAGAAGGUGAAUAUCUCUGUUGAAGAGAUAUUGAGAACUUCAGAGCCAGGGAAAUGCCAUCACAAACUUUUGUCGGCUUCCGAACUUAUGCAGGUUGUGCCAGACAAUGUCAUCAAAGGUUGGAGUACAAAAUGCCAAACUGGAUGGGCCUGUGUCUACCGAGCUUUAGUCCAAGCUGAAGACGACAAGAAUCAGAUACAAAACUUGCAUUCAGACAGAAGGGUGAGCGGUGGACCCAUAGAAGAAAUGGUUGCAGGUUCGAAGCCCGCUUCGCCUAGGUCUCCAGACAAAGAGGCAUGCAUAAUGGCGGACUACCCUCAGCAUUGGCUGAUAGAUUUUCUAUGCAAUAGUCUAGAAAUAGGUCUUCUCUGGGCCACGAUUCAGACCGAACUGCUUACGUAUCGCCGGGUAAGUGAUGGAGACGCUUGGAUUUCGGACAACUUCUCAAUGGAGGCGCUUCGCACCUGGCUGGAAGGAAACUCGACGUUUUUCCUGACGCCUUUAGUCCAAAGCCAGAUGAUGAAAAAGCACUCGCGUUGUGGCUGGUUCCAUGACAGUGGCAGCUGUAUCUGUCCUACCGCACAGGAGGUCUGCGUACAGCCUUUUAUGAAUAUGUAUAUCGACAGCAGAACGUCAUUUUUUACCAACCUAAUUUUCUAG